GCCACUGAGUCCACGGAUCUCGUAGUUAGCGAUCGCGUCGAGCGUGUAGCUGGCAAGCUUGGGAACGUCUGGCAGGUGUUCUGUGGUCUGGCUGGAAUGACUUCUCGACCGACUUGAUCAGCUGAGUCGCUCGCAAACGCGGAAGGAGGACUGCGACCAGCGAGCGGUCGGCCCUUCUCGUAGUUGCAAUAUGUCGAUGGAAGCGCUGAAACUGCUGUGCAGCCCGACUUCCCUGGAACGGGAUCGCGGCUAUCAAGAGGCGCAGAGGUAUUUGACAACCGCGCAGGGCGCCGACGCGAGCGUCUUCGAAGCCGCCGUGCUCGCCAAGCUUCAGGAGAGCGACAAGUGCUCCUGGGAAUCGAAGAUCGGCGCGCUCCUGAGCGCCAAGGCGAUCGUCGAACACCGACGCAGCUCGCAGCAAGCCAGCAACGAGGAGUUCGACGAAAGCGUCGCUCGCGUCUGCAUUUCCUUGGUGACGGACCCCAGCGUGAACGUGCGGCUAGAAGCCGGUCAAGUAUUGGGCACCCUCUGCGCUGUCGACGGCGUCAAACUGUACGCGAAGUAUCACAAGGACCUCACGCGCUUCAUCGAGACCUACUUGGACAAGGACCCGUCGGAGUGCGGCAGCUUUCAGGAGGAGUUGAAGAGCGAAACGUCCGAUGGAUCGAGUGCUGCAAAGGUCCUGCUAAACACCGUCGGCUGGAGGCACCUGGAGACAAGCAUGAAGUGCCUGCAGUAUGUCAUCGACGGCUGCGGAGCAAGCUUCGAGGAGUUUGUGGACAACACUCUCCUCGAACUUCUGUGCAGAACGGUGCAACACGUCAGCCGCUUCGUACGCGAGACGACGUUUUGCGUCAUCUCGUCUCUCAUCACCUGUUGCUCAGCAAUGGGAUCGAAAAACCCCUUCGCUGCAAACCACUAUGGGCCGAGAAUUAGCAAGUGCCUCGCACUUGGUUUGGCCGACAACUGGAGUCAGGUUCGGCUGGCAGCGUCAGAGGCGACCCGAAAGUUCUUGCUCUCCUUCACCGAGAAGGAGCGUGAGCUCUUCUUUCCUGAUCUACUGCCGCAGAUGUGCCUUAACAGAUACUACACUGCCGAUGGAGUGCGCAUAUAUUCACAGGAGACGUGGCGUCGCAUUGCCAAAACCGAAGGCAGGGAGUUGGUUCAGAGGCACAUCAACGGUGUGGUGGACUAUUAUAUAUCUCAGGCAGCUGCCGAAAAUCACGCUGUACGUGAGGCAGCCUGCGCCUGCAUCGCGGAACUUGCCUCCAAGAUAGCUCAGGAUGUCGUGAGGCCACACGUGUCUCGGCUUUUCCAAACCCUCCUCGUUUGCUUCCGAGACCCUUCGUGGGCAGUUCGGGAUGCCGCUUGUCUUGCUUGCGGAAACUUCAUGCUGUGCUACCCUGAAGAGUCAAAGGCAUCUUUGAAAACCGUCUACCCAUUGUUCUUCAACAACCUCCAAGACUGCAUCCCGUCAGUGCGGCAAGGGGCAGCCGCCGCUCUCGCCAAUGUGGUCAGGGCGUAUGGCCAGGAGGCCUUUGAAGUGGUGAAGCCCAAAAUCACAGAGGGCCUAGCUGGCGUGGCCAAGCAGCCAGCGGAGACUCUCCACUACAGGGACAUCCAGGGUUGGGGCGCCGGCAGCGGGAGCAGUGCCACGCCCAACAUCAAGGCCAUGAAGAAGCUCCACGACAAUGAUCCAGCACUACACACUAACCAGCCGGCUUAUUCUUGUGAAAGUCUCGCUCCAAGGGCGGGGCUGCCGACAGACUGGAACUACCGGAAACCGUCGGAGCCUUGGGAGUUGGCUGAUGGGUGCAUCCACCUGAUAGCGGAGCUGUCCCAGGUACCUCAGGUGUCGACGAGCGUCGCUGAAUUUCUGCCCGCCCUCUCCGAAGCCUCAAGGCACCGGCAUUACGUUCACCACGUGGUCCUGCUGGAGACGUUGUGCAGUCAGCUCCCCAACAUCGUGAAAGGUGUGGGCAAACGAGUGUUCAAGAUGCACAUUGAGCUCUUCUUGGAGCCCAUCUUCUACAGUCUGAACUGCGAGAACGCCCUGACAUCCAGUGCGGCUAGCCAGUGCCUGAACCAGCUCGCGAGCUUGUUUGGACCCAGCAUACUGAGAGCAAGAGUGGAGCAGUGGAACCCGAGGUACUUGGAGCAGCUCGACGCCAAUCUCCACAUAGCCGGUCUUUGAAUCGCGCCGCACGGAAACCCGCCAAGCCUCGACGUAUCAACAAUCCUGCGUGCCACUAUGGGACUUAAACUCCUUGUUUGUUUAAUUCAUAUCCCUUUUCGCAUGUAGCACUAGACACACCAGGCACGACAUUUUGUUUUUUAAUGCCUAUACCAUAAACGAGAUUUGGAAAGUGUUCUAUGCUUUCCAGUGCUAAGUCGUACCAUUCCACACAAAGUUGUUCGUGAGAAAAGUCGCGGGGGCGCGAGAGGACGCGAGAAUGUUGGGAGCAACGAACGUUGUGGAUUACGGCCGGGCCUCCUUUCUGUGGUCAGCCAGUGAUGCACCGUGGGUCCAAGUUGCCAAUCAAGAUGACCUCUCUGUAAUGGCAGCUAUGCAAGAAACGUAUAACAUGCCUGACCGCACCAUGCCUUCGUACAUAUCACCUUAAAUAACUACAACAGAGAUAGUAUCCUUCUGAAGUAAUGAAUGUUGUCGGGCUAGUUGCUAGUUGGUUAGUCGAUUUUGAAGACAUAUUUAAACUGCGUGAGAAAGGCAGCAUGUUAUACGCAUAGAACAUGCACACAUGAAGUUGGAAGUCUGCGCUUCGUUUGUCUGUGUGUUCGAUGUAUCUAAAGUGUUGUUUUCUUCAUGCAGUUUAAAUAUGUCUCCAAAAAAAAAAUAUUAUUCACCUCUCAACAGUUGAGGCACUUCCAUAUGCAAGUAUUUAUAACGGCAUAGCAGUAUUCCCCUGUCAAAACAGUGUCAAAAAACAGUUUUUUUUUUAAAUUCUUUAUGACUCUAUGACUUUUGUUUGUUUGCUUGUUUGUUUCCUUGUCAACAAAGAUCUAGUCUUGGAGGGACACUUUGUUUUCAAACGACAGGUACCUGUAAACGACAGGUGAACAAGGUACCUGGAGCACCGACGUAUAUACAUAUAUUUUGUCUGUGUUUAUCUCCCCAAAUGUUUUCUUAAAAAAAUAAAAUGUUUCAAGCCAUGC